GGUUUGAUUACAUAUUGGACAUACAUUCAUUGAAAAAACGAAACAGAAAAACUAUUAUGAGUCAUGAUCUUCUCAGGAUGUUGUAUUAUACUUGUAAACCCGUUCAAAGAUCGCUACUCUUAAUUGCCUGCAAAACCAAGAAUCCCAAUUUGAGAUGGCUAUGUCAAACGAACCCCACUAACAACCCCAACUCUCUUAAUAGCCCUCAAGCUUCAAGCGGCCCAAAUGAUUCGACUAAAUCCAAACAAACCCCAAAAAUAUCACCACCUCCUUCUUCCGGUCAUAAAUCUACCGCUUCUUUCUCGUUUUUCACGUGGAAAAGGUUAGCUAUCAGUGUGAGUAUAGGGGUCAUCGGAAUUAUAUUCAUUCGAUACUUGAAAGACGUGAAGGACAAGCAGAUAAACGAGGAGAGACAAAAGGAGAUGGGAAAAAUGCUCAUCGGUGGCGAUUGGGCCUUAACCGACCCCAAGGGUAAAACGGUCACCAACAAGGAUUUCCUGGGUAAAUGGGUUCUCAUGUAUUUUGGAUUCACCCAUUGUCCCGACAUAUGCCCGGACGAGAUGGAGAAAAUGUGCAAAGCCGUAGAUAUUAUAGACCUAGAAAAGGCUAAGAACAAUAACUCCGGUUCCUUCGAAGUAGUUCCUUUGUUCGUCUCGGUCGACCCUGAGAGGGACACUCCCGCCAUAGUGAACCAAUACUGCCAAGAGUUUUCUCCCAAAUUGGUGGGCGUCACUGGGACUCCCGAACAGAUCAAAGAGAUGAGCAAAACAUUCAGAGUCUACUAUAGUCAGGGCCCGAGGGACAAACGUAACGAUUACAUCGUAGACCAUACCAUCAUAACUUAUCUCCUUAACCCCAAGGGCGAAUUUGUCGAUUAUUAUGGGAGAACAAAAACGGCCGAAGACAUAGUGAAUAGCGUUAAGAUUCAAGCGCUCAAGUAUGGCGGUGGCCCAAAAAGAUUCGGAUUAUUUUAAAAAUUUUAUAAUUACUAGAGUGACGAGUUAAUAUUACAUCUUUGAUAACAACAUAAAUAAAUUAAUAGUGAUUUAUAAAUUUUGUGUCUAGAAAAUUAUUUUUUUGCACAUUCAAAUUUUUAAAUAAGAU